GCCUCUCAGUUUGACAUGUGUUGUUAUUAUGACUAUACAGGCAAUUGCAGAAGACGCACAACUUCGCGUUAUUGCUGUUCGUUCCCGUUCAUCUACAAGGGCCGUCGUUAUAACAGUUGUACAAGAAGGAAUCACAAUCGACCAUGGUGUGCUCUCACUCCCAACUAUGAUCGAGACAGAAAAUGGGGCAACUGCGUCAAACGACGUCGCCCAGUUAAACCAGUCAAGCCUGUUGUCCGUCCUCCAAAAGCGGAGGUCAUACAAAUUACUCCAGGUUUGAAAGCAAUCAGCAUUGGUUGCUUCAAAGACACUGGUAGACGAGCCAUAUCAACGCUGGAAGGUAGAAGUCGACUUCUUAAAGGACAUUACCGAAGGAGACGAUACGCUAAAAGGAAAUGCGCUCUUGCUGCAAAAAGGCGUGGUUAUAGCGUGUUCGCGGUUCAACAUCAGGGAUGGUGUGCGUCAUCCAAAUAUGCUUAUCGCACGUAUAGAAAAUACGGCAGAUCUAACAGAUGUAGGAAUGGAAAAGGAGGACCUUGGGCGAAUGAUGUCUACGUUCUGAGAGGUUCUUGUACACGCUCAUCAACUGGCAACUGCUGUGUUUUCCCCUUCAUUUAUCGCGGCAGACGAUACAACCGCUGUACCAGGGUUAAUUCCAGACGCCCCUGGUGCGCCAUUACGCCUAACUAUGACCAAGAUAAGCUGUACGGAUGGUGUGCCAGACGAGGAGUGCGUCCAGUGAGGAUAACAUCAUCGAUAACAAUCCAGAGAAUGGGUUGCUUUAAAGACACUCCUCGCAGAGCCAUCCCAAUAUUGGAAGGCAAAAGUAAACUUUUGAGAGGAAACUACAAGCGACGAAAGUUCGCCAUUCGUAGAUGUGCCAUGGUCGCCGUCAAUCGCGGCUACAAAGUAUUUUCUGUUCAAGACGGUGGCCAGUGUUUUUCAGGACCGCGUGCUCAAUAUACCUUUGCAAAGUACGGCCGAUCAAACAGAUGUAGAUAUGGUAAAGGAGGACCGUGGGCGAAUGAUGUCUACAGAGUAUCAGGUAGAUGCAAUCAACGUACCACUUCAGGAAAAUGCUGUGUGCUGCCUUUCAAAUAUCGCGGGCGCCUCUACAACAGAUGCGCCAAAACUCCAAGGGCCUGGUGCCCAACUGGCUCUAACGUGUACAUACGAAACCAACCAUGGGGCUACUGCAGGGGAGGAAAACGUCAGCCAAUACGAGUAACAGUUGGUGUACGUGUCAAGCCACUUGGUUGCUUCAAAGACACUGGGCGACGAGCUAUCCCAGGAGUUGACGGUCGUUACCCAAUAGUUCGAGGAUACUACAGAAGAAGAAAGGAGGCCAUUCGUAAAUGUGCCUUAGUCGCUCUAAGGUUUGGUUACAGAGUUUUUGCUGUUCAACAUCAGGGAUGGUGUGCCACAGGUCCCAGAGCUCACUUGACCUACAGGAAGUACGGACGAUCCAAUCGAUGUAGGAACGGCAAAGGGGGACCAUGGGCCAACGACGUAUAUGCCGUGACCGGUUCCUGCCGAAGAAGAACAACAUCUCGUUAUUGUUGUGCAUUCCCGUUCAUCUAUAGAGGUCGUCGCUACAACAGCUGUACCAGGGUUCGUCACAAUCGGCCAUGGUGUGCCAUUACAAACAACUACGAUCGGGACAAGAAGUGGGGCAACUGCGCAGGUCGACGUAAACCUGUUAAGCCGGUCAAACCUGUUGUCCGUCCUCCAAGGGCACGAAUAUUCAAACUUACAAGGGGAAUGAUUGCGUAUAGUAUUGGUUGCUACAAGGACACAGGCCGACGAGCCAUACGUCCCUUGGAAGGCAGAAGUCGUUUCCUCAAAGGGCGUUACCGCAAGAGACAGGACGCCAUUCGAAAAUGUUUUCAGGCUGCCUACAGACGAGGCUACAAAAUGUUCGCGUUACAACAUGGCGGAUGGUGUGCUUCGUCAAGGAGUGCUCAUCUGACAUACCGCAGAUACGGAAGAAGUAACAGAUGUAGGAAUGGAAAAGGAGGACCUUGGGCUAAUGAUGUCUACGUCCUGAGAGGUUCUUGUCCAAUGCAAACUACUCGCAAAAACUGCUGUGUGUUCCCGUUCAUCUAUCGGCGAAGACGAUACACAAGCUGUACCCGCGUGAGAUCCAAACGGCCAUGGUGCGCGACUACUUCAAAUUAUGACAAAGAUAAAAUGUGGGGUUACUGUGCAGGAGGAGGAGUAUCCUUCAUCAAGGUGACACCUUCGAUAACAAUCCAACGAAUCGGCUGCUUCAAAGACACAGCACGUCGAGCAAUCCCUCAAAUGGACGGCAGAAGUGUAUUAUUAAGAGGCAACUACCAGCGCCGUGCUUUCGCUAUCCGAAAGUGCGCCCUGGUAAGCGCAACACUCGGGUACAAGAUGUUUGCAGUCCAACAUGGCGGCUGGUGUGCAACAGGACCACGUGCUCAAUAUACCUUUGCAAAGUAUGGUCGAUCAAACAGAUGCAGGAAUGGCAAAGGAGGCCCUUGGGCGAAUGAUGUCUACAGAGUGUCAGGAACCUGCAAAUAUCGUACUACGAAAGGCAACUGCUGUUCGUUCCCGUUCACAUAUCGCGGGCGUCGAUACAAUCGUUGUGCCAGGACAAAGCGCGGAAGGACCUGGUGCGCGAUCACUCCGGACUACAGAUCAAACAAACUGUGGGGGUACUGCAGGGGAGGAGGAAGACGACCUCCACCAAUCAGAAUCACCACUGGUGUUGUUGUCAAGCCAAUUGGUUGCUUCAAAGACACUGGCCGUCGAGCUAUCCCAGGAGUCGACGGUCGUUACCCAAUAGUUCGAGGAUACUACAGAAGAAGAAAGGAAGCCAUUCAGAAAUGUGGCGCGGUUGCGCUGAUGCGUGGUUACAAAGCGUUCGCUGUACAACACCAGGGGUGGUGUGCGACAGGUCCGAGAGCUCACUUGACUUACAGGAAGUAUGGACGAUCCAAUCGAUGUAGGAAUGGCAAAGGAGGCCCAUGGGCUAACGAUGUGUACGUUGUAUUUGGGAGUUGCCGAAAGCGAACAACCUCACGAUAUUGCUGCGUGUUCCCGUUCAUUUACAAAGGCCGCCGUUAUAACAGGUGCACCAGAAAGAACCACAAACGGCAUUGGUGCGCUAUAACAAGCAACUAUGAUCGAGACAGAAAAUGGGGCAACUGUGCGGGUCGUCGACCAGUCAAACCUGUCCGUCCAGUUCCUUCAAGAGGACGACCUGUAAGAAUAACAGUUGGCUUGAUAGCUAAGGGCAUCGGUUGCUACAGAGACACAGGCCGACGAGCCAUAGCAACUUUAGAGGGAAGGAGUCGUCUUCUAAAAGGAAGUUACCGUAGGAGACGAUACGCCAUAAAGAAAUGUGCUCUGGCAGCGUACAAGAGAGGAUACAGAAUGUUCGCAAUUCAACAUGGCGGAUGGUGUGCUUCAGCGAGGCGAGCGCACUUGACAUAUCGCAGAUACGGGAAAUCUAACAGAUGUAGAAAUGGCAAGGGCGGACCUUGGGCUAAUGAUGUCUACGUUCUGAGAGGUUCUUGUCGCACACGUUCCUCAACUGGUAACUGCUGUGUGUUCCCGUUCAUUUAUCGCGGCAAACGAUACAACCGCUGUACCAGGGUUAGGUCCAAGCGCCCGUGGUGCGCCAUUACUCCAAACUACGACCAUGACAAGCUCUACGGUUAUUGCGGAGGACGAAAACCGGUGCGUCCUAUCAGAAUUUCCACAUCGAUAACACUUCAAAGGAUAGGUUGCUUCAGAGACACCUUCCGCAGAGCAAUCCCAAUCCUAGAAGGAAAAAGUCCUUUCUUGAGAGGAAACUACCAGAGACGAAAAUUCUCCAUUCAAAAAUGCGCCCUGGUCGCCGUAAAGCGUGGCUACACUUAUAUGGGGGUCCAACAUGGCGGCCAGUGCUUUUCAGGACCACAUGCUUACAAAACCUAUGCAAAGUAUGGCCGAUCAAACAGAUGUAGAAAUGGCAAAGGAGGAGCAUGGGCGAAUGAUGUCUACAGGAUUGCAGGCAAAUGCAGACAGAGCACUAUUCAAGGCAACUGCUGCGUGUUCCCAUUCAGGUAUGGUGGUCGAACUUACAGGGGCUGCACAAGACGUGGAAGCCGAUUAAGAAGAGCCUGGUGCGCAACAGUCCCAGGCUACCGCAAAGGACACCCCUGGGGGUACUGCAGAGGAAAAAAAUCUCCAGCUAUACGAAUUACUAGUGGAGUAGUGAUCAAACCACUUGGAUGCUUCAAAGACACUGCUCGACGAGCUAUCCCAGGAGUCGACGGUCGUUACCCAAUUGUUCGAGGAUACUACAGAAGAAGAAAAGAUGCUAUUCGUAAAUGUGCCUUCGUCGCGCUGAUGCUACGAGCCUCGGUGUUUGCUGUACAACAUCAGGGAUGGUGUGCUACGGGUCGAAGAGCACACUUGACGUACGGAAAGUAUGGACGAUCCAAUCGAUGUAGAAAUGGUAAAGGAGGUCCGUGGGCUAACGAUGUGUACAGAGUGCAUGGUUCUUGCGGAGCAAAGACAACGUCAAGGUAUUGCUGCUCACUCCCGUUCAUCUACAAAGGCCGUCGUUAUAACAGUUGUACAAGAAGGAACCACAAUCGACCAUGGUGUGCUCUGACACCCAACUAUGAUAGAGACAAGAAGUGGGCCAACUGUGCUACUCGUAAACCUGUUCGCCCUGUGAAGCCUGUCGUUCGUCCCCCAGGAGCACGUCCUGUUCCAAUAACCAUUGGAUUGAAGGCAAUACCAAUCGGUUGCUUCAGAGACACAGGUCGACGAGCUAUAGCAACCCUGGAAGGUAGAAGCCGUCUUCUAAAAGGACAUUACCGCCGCAGAAAAUACGCUAUACAGAAAUGCGCUCUGGCUGCCGAUAAACGACGCUACAGGGUAUUCGCGAUACAACAUCAGGGAUGGUGUGCGUCAGCGAGAUUCGCUUAUCGAACAUAUGGCAGAUACGGGAAAAGUAACAGAUGUAGGAAUGGAAAAGGAGGACCUUGGGCGAAUAGUGUUUAUAUUUUGAGAGGAUCCUGUCGCACACGAACAACUCGCAACAACUGCUGUGUGUUUCCGUUCAUCUACCGCGGUAGAAGGUACACCAGCUGUUCUACAGCCAGAUCCAAGGGACGCCCAUGGUGCAGCCUCACUCCGAGUUACGACCAAGAUAAAUUAUGGGGUUACUGUCGUGGAGGAGGAGGAGGUUCGCGAGCCGUUUGUAACCUGCCUAAAGUCACUGGUCCUUGCAGAGCGGCCUUUAGGAGAUGGUAUUUCAACAAAGCGACAGGAAGAUGCGAGAUGUUCACUUAUGGCGGCUGUAGGGGAAAUGCUAACAACUUUAGAACCAAGAGUGAAUGUGAACAGAAAUGUCUGAAAUCGAGACCAAUUAGAGUGACAACCGGAGUGAUUGUCAGGUCCAUCGGUUGUUUCCGAGACACUGGUCGUCGAGCCAUUCCUGGAGUUGAUGGUACGGACCCCCUUCUUCGAGAUCAGUACCGCAGAAGAGCCGAUGCCAUCGAUAAAUGCGCCCUUGUUGCCUUAAAGCACCGUCACAAAGCCUUCGCUGUGCAACAUCAAGGAUGGUGUGCUACGGGUCCAAAAGCUCACUUGACCUACGGGAGGUAUGGACGAUCUAAUCGAUGUAGGAACGGCAAAGGAGGACCGUGGGCUAAUGACGUUUACUUUAUAUCAGGGAGGUGCCGACAGCGAACAACUUCACGUUACUGCUGUAGAUUCCCGUUCAUCUACAAAGGCCGUCGUUACAACAGGUGUACAAAGAAGAACCACAAUCGGCCAUGGUGCGCCAUGACAAGCAAUUAUGAUCGAGACAAGAAAUGGGGCAACUGUGCAAGAGGUUCGCGAGCCGUUUGUAACCUGCCUAAAGUCACUGGUCCUUGCAGAGCGGCCUUUAGGAGAUGGUAUUUCAACAAAGCGACAGGAAGAUGCGAGAUGUUCACUUAUGGCGGCUGUAGGGGAAAUGCUAACAACUUUAGAACCAAGAGUGAAUGUGAACAGAAAUGUCUGAAAUCGAGACCAAUUAGAGUGACAACCGGAGUGAUUGUCAGGUCCAUCGGUUGUUUCCGAGACACUGGUCGUCGAGCCAUUCCUGGAGUUGAUGGUACGGACCCCCUUCUUCGAGAUCAGUACCGCAGAAGAGCCGAUGCCAUCGAUAAAUGCGCCCUUGUUGCCUUAAAGCACCGUCACAAAGCCUUCGCUGUGCAACAUCAAGGAUGGUGUGCUACGGGUCCAAAAGCUCACUUGACCUACGGGAGGUAUGGACGAUCUAAUCGAUGUAGGAACGGCAAAGGAGGACCGUGGGCUAAUGACGUUUACUUUAUAUCAGGGAGGUGCCGACAGCGAACAACUUCACGUUACUGCUGUAGAUUCCCGUUCAUCUACAAAGGCCGUCGUUACAACAGGUGUACAAAGAAGAACCACAAUCGGCCAUGGUGCGCCAUGACAAGCAAUUAUGAUCGAGACAAGAAAUGGGGCAACUGUGCAAGAGGUUCGCGAGCCGUUUGUAACCUGCCUAAAGUCACUGGUCCUUGCAGAGCGGCCUUUAGGAGAUGGUAUUUCAACAAAGCGACAGGAAGAUGCGAGAUGUUCACUUAUGGCGGCUGUAGGGGAAAUGCUAACAACUUUAGAACCAAGAGUGAAUGUGAACAGAAAUGUCUGAAAUCGAGACCAAUUAGAGUGACAACCGGAGUGAUUGUCAGGUCCAUCGGUUGUUUCCGAGACACUGGUCGUCGAGCCAUUCCUGGAGUUGAUGGUACGGACCCCCUUCUUCGAGAUCAGUACCGCAGAAGAGCCGAUGCCAUCGAUAAAUGCGCCCUUGUUGCCUUAAAGCACCGUCACAAAGCCUUCGCUGUGCAACAUCAAGGAUGGUGUGCUACGGGUCCAAAAGCUCACUUGACCUACGGGAGGUAUGGACGAUCUAAUCGAUGUAGGAACGGCAAAGGAGGACCGUGGGCUAAUGACGUUUACUUUAUAUCAGGGAGGUGCCGACAGCGAACAACUUCACGUUACUGCUGUAGAUUCCCGUUCAUCUACAAAGGCCGUCGUUACAACAGGUGUACAAAGAAGAACCACAAUCGGCCAUGGUGCGCCAUGACAAGCAAUUAUGAUCGAGACAAGAAAUGGGGCAACUGUGCAAGAGGUUCGCGAGCCGUUUGUAACCUGCCUAAAGUCACUGGUCCUUGCAGAGCGGCCUUUAGGAGAUGGUAUUUCAACAAAGCGACAGGAAGAUGCGAGAUGUUCAUUUAUGGCGGCUGUAGGGGAAAUGCUAACAACUUUAGAACCAAAACUGAAUGUGAACAGAAAUGUUUGAAAUCGAGAAGGCCAGUCUAUCCGAUCAGACCGACCAGACGACCAAGGUUACCAGCACGUGGAGUGUCCCACAUCCCUGUUACCGCUGACAUUGCGUUCUUGAUCGAUGGCUCCCGCUACGUGGGCCGCCGAAACUUCCACCUUGAGAAAGCCUUCAUCAAGUCAAUCGCCGGCCGCUUCACGAUCGGCAAGUAUCAAUCGCACAUCGGAGUCGCCACCUACGGUAACCGACCGCACCUGCGCAUGCGCUUUAACCAGUACAGUUCUUUGGGUUUGGUACUAAGGGCCUUGAAUUACAUCCGUUUUCCAAACCAAGUCAGCAGACGAGUCGAUCUUGGAUUGCAAGCCUCUCUGCGCUACUUCUUCUCAAGAAGAAACAUGUACUCAUUCGUCCGCAAGAUUUUGGUGGUGGUUGUCAGCGGCAGGCAGACGGGACGGUCGUCUUAUGUCAUGAACAGGCUUCCAUCUCUGUUUAGGCGUCAAGGCGUGCUCGUCUUCAUUGUAGGCGUCGGUCGUGUUGACCAGAGAUACCUGCGACCACUCACCUACAGGAACAAGCACGUGUAUGUCGUUCGCUCGUACAGGAGCCUGGUCGCUAGAUCGGGUAGCAUUGCCAGGGCGAUACACCAGGAGAUGAACAUCGAACGAGAGCGUUACCGUGAUCAGCUCAGGCGCCUCAACCUUGAUCUUGGCCGCCAAAAUAGCACUCACCUCCAAGAGGAAGGCGAACGAUACAAAAAUGGAACGACAAAGUCUUUAUCAGGAAAAUGGAACACAACUGAAGUGUUAAGCACGCCAAGCAAUUUGCCGAAAAAUUGAAGAUAUUAGAGACGAUGGCGCGCUAUAAAGGGGGUUAACUUUCUCACUCUUUGAGGUCACCUUGGUAACCCUUCUUCGGGUCACGCAUCCGUUCACUUUGAGCAUUGCAUGACCCGAUAUUUUCUCGAGUCAUCACGCAAAACUUUUUGAGAAUUCUGUUGUGUAGCAAUACAAAUGGUAAUCUGGCAUUGC